UUUGUCCGCAAUCUCUCUAUUAUUUCCGAAUAAUAGUUUAUAACAAUUAAAAGCAAAAAUAAUAAUCAAACAAACGAAAUUCGGCUCGUGUAAUAUUGACGAAAAAUGGAUCCCGAAAAGGUAGAACAAGAAGGAACGUUUAACAUGGAUGCAAAGUUGUUAGAAAGCUGGAAAACCUUAAAAAUUAAGAAUAAAGAAAAUUUCAUAUGGAACUUAUUGAAAUCCGAAUGGAUUCCUCCUAAGCAAAGGGAUCUUUUGUACUGGAAGGAUCCUUACAAAACCGGAAUCGUUUUCGGAACGGGAUUAAUCCUUCUCCUUUCUCUCACUUGGUACUCCAUUAUAAGCGUCGUGGCCCAUUUAUCUUUGAUCGGUUUGAUGAUGGGAAUGGGAUUCAAGAUUUACAGAAAUCUUUCUUAUGUGACUCAUUUCGGAGAAGAUCCACUUGAAAAUUAUUUUAAUAUGGAUGUCACAACGUCAUCGGAACAGAUUCAUCAACACGUGGAUAUCAUGUUGGGAUAUGGUAAUGAAGGCUGGAAAAGUUUGAGGAGACUUUUCUUAAUGGAAAAUAUAAUGGAUUCGUUGAAAUUCGGAUUGAUCCUAUAUUGCAUGACUUACAUUGGUUCUUGGAUCAAUGGAAUGACCCUAAUCAAUAUGGCUUACGUGUCAUUCUUUACAGUUCCAAAAAUAUACGAGAUUUACCAGGACCAAAUCGAUUCUUCUGCCGAAUAUUUGAAAAUCCAUAUAAAUAGCUUCUCCAAUUCGGUAAAAUACAGAAUUUCUCAAGAGAUAAAAGAAGAUUGAAACAUUUAUUUUAAUGUUAAUUUUCUUUCUGCUUCGAAAUUAAUUUCUAAAUUGUUGAAUUCUUUUAUGGAAACAAUUCAAAAUUAUCUGACUACUUUCGUUUUUAUUGUUUUCCGUUAAAUUAAAGAUUAUGAUAGAA